GCGAAAAAUUCCCAGCCAGCAAUUCAAUUGGCUUUGGCCUACGAAAAUAUCUCGCUGUAAGCUCCAUCCUCACCAUUAUCGUCAACGCCUUCGCCUUCACCUUCUCCUUCUCCCUCUCCCGUUCUCACUCCCUUUGCCAGCUGCGGGCGCAUUACCUCUUUCGUCGUUUCGUCGACUGCUACUCCGUCGCCUAUUCCACAACAGCUGCAACUCGCUGUAGCAUCGAUUCCGCGAGGUCACCGUGCCCUUUCUUCCUUCCCAUUGACGACUGUCGCAGCUCCGGACGCGAGACAUUUUUCCUUAUCCCACCCCUCCCCCCCAUACCCAUACCGAAAAUGUUCAGCGCCGUUCUCAGAAGGCAAGCCCUUCAGGCUUCUUCCAACAUCAGAGUCACCCUCUCGCCCCAAUUGGCAAGAUGGUACGCCUCGUUCCCCCCGCACACCGUCGUCAAGAUGCCCGCCCUGUCCCCGACCAUGACGGCCGGAAACAUCGGUGUCUGGCAGAAGAAGGCAGGAGACGCCAUUGCUCCUGGUGAUGUGCUGGUCGAGAUCGAGACCGACAAGGCUCAGAUGGACUUCGAGUUCCAAGAGGAGGGCACCAUCGCAAAGUUAUUGAGGGACAGUGGUGCCAAGGAUGUGCCCGUUGGUAGCCCCAUUGCCGUCCUUGUCGAGGAGGGUAACGAUGUAUCCGCAUUCGAGUCUUUCAGCAUUGAAGACGCCGGUGGUGAUGCUGCCAAGCCCGCCCCCAAAGAGGAGAAGAGCGAGGAAUCCAAGGAGUCCUCGUCCGCCCCUACUCCUUCCGCUGAGCCCGAGCAGUACGCCUCUUCCGGCCAGAAACUCGAGACAGCCCUCGACCGUGAGCCAAAUGUGUCUCUUGCUGCCAGACGUCUGGCCAAGGAGAACGGUAUUGCCCUGUCCAGCAUCAAGGCAUCCGGCAGCAAGAUCACCGAGGAGGAUGUCAAGAAGGCCGUCAGUGGUGGCUCAUCAGCUGCUCCUGCUGCUGGUGCCGCUGCUUCUUUCGAGGACAUCCCUCUCACCAACAUGCGCAAGACCAUCGCCAAGCGCCUGCAAGAGUCUACUCAGAACAACCCCCACUUCUUUGUCACCAGCAAGGUCUCUGUCUCCAAGCUGCUGAAGCUUCGCCAGGCCUUGAACGCCUCCGCCAAUGGCUCAUACAAGUUGUCGGUCAACGACUUCCUCAUCAAGGCCAUUGGUGUUGCCUCUAAGAAGGUCCCCGCCGCCAACUCCUCCUGGCAGGGAGAGUCUAUCCGCCAGUUUAACAAUGUCGACGUCUCAGUCGCUGUUGCUACCCCCAACGGCCUCAUUACUCCUAUCGUUACUGGUGUCGAGGCUCGUGGCCUUGAGUCCAUCUCCAACAAGGUCAAGGAGCUGGCCAAGCUCGCCCGCGACGGUAAGCUCAAGCCCGAGCAGUACCAGGGUGGUACCAUCUCCAUCUCCAACAUGGGCAUGAACGACGCCGUUGACAACUUUACCGCUGUCAUCAACCCCCCUCAAGCUGCUAUUCUUGCUGUUGGCACUACCAGAAAGGUUGCCAUUCCCUCAGAGGACGGCACUGGCAUUGAGUGGGAUGACCAAAUAACUGUUACUGCCAGCUUCGACCACAAGGUUGUCGAUGGUGCUGUUGGUGCUGAAUGGACAAAGGCUCUCAAGAAGGUUCUUGAGAACCCCUUGGAACUGCUGCUAUAACUUGGGUAAAUUAGGGAGGCAGUGUACUAAUAGGGUAGCUUUGAUCAGGCGUUGCGGCGUACUGAACGUAUAAUAAGUAUAGAAUUGUACGAAUGGAUUCAACUAUGCCCUCUUAUGUCCCAAAACUGUGCCUUCUUUUCUGUAGUAUUUAAGGCAGAUGUUCCAUUAGAAUUGCAGCAUUGUUGGAAGCGUUUUGUCUCUUUGUUUACAUGAUCAUUUGCCUUCAUACGGA